AUGAAGUCUCUACUGUUCACUCUUACAUUCUUUAUCCUCCUGGCCCAGUUGGUCUCAGGUAAUUGGUAUGUGAGAAGGUGUGCAAACAAAAUGGGAAAAUGCAGGAGCAUGUGCAGAAAUGGAGAGAUAUCAGUACAGCCAGCUACUGGGAUGUGUAGCAAAGAAAAAAUGUGCUGUAUUCUGUCUAAUCUCUGUACUGAAUACUCAACCAUGGCAACUACCGAGACAACCACCGGGACAACUACAGAAGAAACUGCAGGAGGAACUACAGGAGGAACUGCAGCAAGAACUAUAACAAGAACUACAACAAGAACUACAGCAGGAACUUCAGCAAAAUCCAUGGCUGCCUAA